CAGAGAGCUUUUGCAGCUUUAGCCCCAAACUUCAUUGGGUCAUCAUGGUACACCAGCCUCAUUAAAUUUGCAACCACUGUACCCUCAUUUCAUGACAUCCAUCCCCACCACUUGUUCACAGUUUGGAGACUUCUUGCUUGGGCGACAGCUGCUAGCUACAAACUUUCUUUCUUCCAAUAUGGUUUAAUUUUUAACAAUUUCCAUUGAUGAUCUUCUCCUGCCAUUGUCUGCACUUCUGGUGUUGAGGAAUAGAGAUGGGUCGUCAUUCGUGCUGCAGUAAACAGAAGGUAAGGAGGGGACUGUGGUCACCUGAGGAAGAUGAGAAACUGAUCAACUACAUUUCCACCCAUGGCCAUGGUUGUUGGAGCUCAGUGCCAAGACUUGCCGGCCUGCAAAGAUGUGGAAAAAGUUGCAGGUUAAGAUGGAUUAAUUACCUCAGACCAGACUUGAAACGUGGGAGCUUCUCACCCGAAGAAGCAUCUCUUAUCAUCCAGCUCCAUAGAAUUCUAGGAAACAGAUGGGCUCAGAUUGCCAAGCACCUACCGGGGAGAACAGAUAACGAAGUGAAGAACUUUUGGAAUUCAAGCAUAAAGAAGAAGCUAAUAAUGUCUAGUGAUAGUGUUUCAGACCUGACCACUCUACCUGAUGUCUGUAACCCAGUUGGUUUUGGCGAAGGUUUGUUGACUGUAAAAGCAAACCCCAACAUAAUUAUUGGUGACCAACAACAACAUAUGCCACAAGGUAUUAACCAUGACGAUUUCGAGCCGGAUAUGAUCGACCAAGAUGUCAACUACUGGGUUAGCGCGUCGCCGGCGGCGUCACUUCCGCUGCAGUCAGAGACGAACUCCGUUAACCCAAUAUGGCGCUCUGAUUAUGACCAGACUAACCAUCAUCAUGGUCAUCAAUCCGAUUCACCGAAGGAUCUCAACGACAUGAAGUUCACCACAACGGUUUACGAUGAACUGCUGCUGGGGUCGUCUGUAAUGCCAAAGCUAUGCGAGAUUCUCGACAUGGAUAAAUGCGGCAUGACAUCUUCUUCUGCUUCACAUGAAGGCGACCCAGCAAGUAAUAUGAUUCCUCCUUGUACACAACUACAGUCUUAUCCAUAUAAUCUUCGUCACAUGGCCACCAAUCCAAUUGGGUGCACUGAUGCCACCAUGCCAGCAUUAUCGUUUUCCUCCUCAUCAUUAUCAUCAUCACUGUCAUGUGGUGCUAUGAACCCUAAUCUGCCACCUAACUGGGUUCAAUUACUUCAAUAGGCUUGGCUUCACGGUUGUGUGAAUGCAUGGGUCCAUUAAUUCAAAAUAUUUAAAGAAGGUGCGUCACAUGGGAAGUACUAAAUAUAGCUACUGGUAUAGUUUCCUUGUAGCAAUACUUAGGUUUUUUUUUUUUUUACGGUUUCAUCUUUCAUCCAAAAAAAAAAAUUGCAAUAAAAAGGUUCAAUUUCACAUGUCUGCAACCAUGUUUGUGUAUGUUAUAAAUAAGUUCUUCUCAGUUUAAUUAAUUACUUAC